AAAAAUUUUCAGCCGAAUUUUCAUUUAAAAAUUAUGGAACUUGGAAUAUCAUUUUCCGAAUUUCUUUUCUUCCUUAUUCUGUCAGCAUUUCUUUGUCUAGUUGUCAUACUUCCAUCAGAUGCAAUGCAGUCAGCAGGAUUUACAAUUUCAAAAGUUUUUGCAUUCUGGCUGGGAGAUGAAAGAUUUAAUUUUGUUGAAUAUCAUUUGAGAAGAACAUUACUAACAAUUAUGGUUCAUGCCUCUUUACCUUUUCUUUGUUUCGUUGGACUUGAAUUAUGUGUUCCUCAACCUGUAUUUACACCUCUUCCACAUAACCUUAUUCAAAUAAUGGCUUAUUUGUCUAUCGCUCUUUCUACUGCAACUGCUUGUUUCUGCUCGAUUCUUUAUUUAAAUGAUUGGGAACGUCAUUAUAUGAUACGCCGUUUACGUCUCCUGAAUAAUCCCCAAGACGGGCCGUGGCGUGAGUUGGCAAUACAAAUUAAUAUUGAAGUUAGAAGGCCUAUGCUUUUUUCAAUGAUAAAUAAAGAUUGUUCACGUACAAUAAUAACUGAUGAAUGGAUUUUAAAAAUUACCAAUUACAAUGUCAAUUUUGCUAGAAUUUCUGAUUCCCAAUUGGUUAUUGUCCGUUCUAGUCCUUUACAUCAAAGUGUUCCAAGUCAUGAUGGUUUGGUUUCAACUUCCGCUGAACAUUUAAUUGAUUUACGUGUUUGUAGUAGAAGUGGAUGUUUUGAAACUUUUCACAUAAGAAUUCGAAAUCAGCAAGAACUAAAUAAUUUGAAAGAUCAGAUUGGGCGUCCAAUUGAAGUUUUGGAUUCUUUAGCACUUCCACAGCCUUUACAUGAACGUUUUGUUGAUGCUUUUAUAAAAGAAUUGGAAAGAAAUCCUCGUUACGAUUAUAAACAGAAAGAGGAUCUGGAGCCUUGUUUAGGCUGUUCUCAACUACCGGCACAAGUCAAACUAGUAAAGAAAUGUAUCGAUUCUCUAGACAUUCAAGAUGGUGCAAGCUACGAAAAAUGUCGUAAUUGUCAAUGCCGACCAAUGUGGUGUGCUCGAUGUAUGGGAAGAAUUUUUGCUUCCAAACAAAAUCAAAAUUUGCCGGAAAUAUGGAUGGCUGGACGAGCGCCGUGUCCAACAUGUCGUUUACCUUUUUGUGUUUUGGAUGUUUGUUUUUUAACGGAAAAGGAUUAA